CAGCAGGUGGGUGGUCCGAUUGGCAGCUGAUGUCUGGAAGGUGGGGCACUUGUUGUGUUCUUCAAGGUUCGGCGGAGGAGUCGAGGAGGGCGGCGUGAAAGAGAGCGAGAAGUUUCCUUCCUUCCCUUCCUGCCUCGCAGUCGCCGGCUGCCCUCCCUGCAAGAUGGCACCUUUCCAAGCGUGUGCAGCCUGCGUGCAAGGCUCCUCGCCGCGCCGCGUCUGAAGCCAACGUACGAGUCGUCGCACCAUGGCGGAAUUUGGACCGAGCAAGCGCGCGGGUGCACCGGUCUCCGCCGCGGGGAGCCCGGAGGCGCGCCGGGGAGGAGAGCCGCUGUCUAACGGGAGCUGCACCCAGCCGGACCCGGCCAGGAGGGCGCAAAGGGGCUCCAGCUCCGAGUCCCCUGCCAGGGAGGGCCAGAUACCGCGACGCAGCAGUCUCAUCAAGGAUGGCUCCCGGGCGGGUCGCGAGAGGAAGAAGACGGUGUCCUUCAGCAGCAGCCUAUCAGAGAAGAAGAUCAGCGGCGCGGCCGACUGUAUCCACUCCAUGGUGGAAGGGAGCGAGUUGAAGAAGGUGCGGCCCAACUCCCGCGUGUACCAGCGCUACUACCUCCUGGACGCGGGCCUGCAGGCUCUGUGCUGGGAGCCGUCCAAGAAGGAGUCGGACAAAGCCAGGAUCGCGCUCGCCGCCAUCCGAGAGGUCCGCACCGGCCGCAACACGCACACCUUCCGUGCCAGCGGCCUUUAUGAGCAGAUUUCUGAGGACUGCGCUUUCUCCAUCAUCUACGGCGAGCUGUACGACAGCUUGGACCUGGUGGCCCUCUCCACGGAAGUGGCCAGUAUUUGGGUGACGGGUCUAAGGUACCUGCUGCAGUACGGCAAACACGCCCUGGACAUGCUGGCCAGCAAGCAGCACAGCCUGCGCCUCGGGUGGCUGGAGCAGCUCUUCUGCUCUGCGGCUGCCGACGCUCCUGGGGACAGCCAGGGGGGCAUUGGCCUGCAGUCUGCCAUAAAACUGGUCCAGAAGGUGAAUCCCGGGGUGAGCCGCAGCAAAGUGGAGCACAGGUUCCAAGAGCUUCAGAGAGGUCGCGCCGAGAGGACGGUUUCUCUCGCUACGGAAUUGGGAGCUCAGGACUGGAGCGAGGAGGGUAAAGCUCCACUGGGGGACGGCCAGAGGGUCACCAAAGCGGAGUUCGUGGAGGUCUUCCAUGACUUUUGCACACGUCCGGAGAUUUACUUUCUUUUAGUGCAGUUCUCCAGCAACAAGGAGUUCCUGGACACCAAAGACUUGACGAGGUUCCUGGAGGCUGAGCAAGGUGUUGCUCAGGUGACGGAAGAAGACAGUCUGAGGCUGAUCCGGGCCCACGAGCCAUCAGAAGAGGGCCGACUGCUGGGCUACUUGUCGAUGGACGGCUUCAGCAGCUACCUGACGUCGCCGGAGUGCCACCUCUUUGACCGGGAGCACCACUCGGUGUGCCAGGACAUGUCCCAGCCUUUGUCUCACUACUUCAUCAACUCCUCUCACAACACCUACCUCAUCCAGGACCAGUACCAGGGACCCUCAGACAUUUCCGGCUACAUCCGGGCGCUCAAGAUGGGCUGCCGGUGCGUGGAGGUGGACGUUUGGGACGGCCCCGACGAGGAGCCGGUGGUGUGCACCGGACACACCCUCUGUCCGCCUCUUUCCCUGCGCAAUGUAUUGGAGGCGGUCGGACGCUUUGCGUUUGUGGCGUCCGAUUACCCCUUGAUGGUGUGCAUUGAGAACCACUGUUCACUCCGACAGCAGAAGGCCAUGGUGCAGCAUCUGGUGAGAAUACUGGGAGAGAGGCUCCUCCCACCCCCUCCAGACCAGAGGGAGCCAUACCUUCCGUCGCCACAAGCCUUAAGGCAUCGGAUCCUCUUGAAGGGGAAGAAGUUGGAACCGGGUUGGGAGGCGGAGGACGGGGAAGUCAGUGAGGAGGACGAAGGGGCCGAGAUGUGUGAAAGGAUGAAGGCAGCGAGUAACGGAGAGGCAAAGACCCCGAGAACUCCCACAGACGCCACUCCGUGCAAUCCUCCUCAUCUUCCUCACAAACGCAUCCAACUGUUAAAGGAGCUCUCAGACCUUGUGACUCUGUGCCAGGCGGUCCACUUCAUAGACUUUCCCACAUCCACCAAAAGCCAAAAACCUUGGGAAUUGUGCUCCUUCCAGGAGAAACAUGCCGAGUGUCUCGCUGGCGAGAGCCCUGGCAGCUUCGUGGACCACAACAAACGCUUCCUGACCCGAGUGUACCCCAGCCCCAAGCGCAUGGACUCCAGCAACAUGAACCCUCAGGACCUGUGGAAGUAUGGCUGUCAGAUGGUGUCGAUGAAUUUCCAGUCAGCUGGACUAAUGAUGGACCUGAACACGGCCUGGUUCCGCCAGAACGGUAACUGCGGUUACGUUCUGCGGCCCGCCAUCAUGCGGCAGGAGGUGUCCUAUUUCUGUGCAGACACCAGAGACACAGUGCCCGGGGUGUCCCCGCAGCUGCUCCACGUGAAGAUCAUCAGCGGACAGAACCUCCCCAAGCCCAGGGGUUCUGGCACCAAAGGAGAUGUGGUAGACCCCUAUGUGUACGUGGAGAUCCACGGCAUUCCUGCGGACUGCACGGCGCGCCGCACAAGGACCGUCUCCCAAAGCUGGGACAACCCAGUCUUCGACGAGAGCUUCGAGUUCCAGAUCAACCUGCCGGAGCUCGCUAUGGUUCGCUUCGUGGUGCUGGAUGACGACUUUAUAGGAGACGAGUUCAUAGGUCAGUACACCAUCCCUCUGGAGUGUCUCCUACCCGGGUACCGCCACGUCCCGUUACAGUGUCUCACCGGGGAGGAUCUUCCCCACGCCAAACUGUUCGUCCACGUGGCUCUGACCAACCGCAGAGGAGGGGGGAAGCCUCACAAAAGGGGUCUGUCUGUCCGGAAAGCCCGGAAGGGGCGGGACUACACGGCUCUGAGAGACCUGGAAAUUCGGUCGGUUGAUGACCUUUUCAAGAUGGCCGCUCCCUUGCUGAGAGAAGCCACAGACUUGAGGGAAAACCUACAGAACUCGGUGGCGCUGUUCAGGGAACUGUGCGGGGUCUCGGCCGUGUCCAACCUCAUGCAGUGCGUACUGGCGCUGGCCUCCAGAGUGACAGGACCCGACGGGACGCCUUUGCUGCUCUUUGAUCUUCACCAGCACUAUCCCAGCCUGGAGCCCCAGGGGCCCCUGCCUGAUGUCCUGCGCCGGGUCGUCUCCACCUACCAAUCGAUGGUGCAAGCCAGCAGAGUGGUGUUGGAGCUCUCAGACAGUCUCCAUGAGAGGAUUCUGCACAUCCAGAUGAUGGCCAUGACGUUCCAUGAGAAGCUGCCGAGUCUGGCGGCCAAGGAGGGGUUAAAAGGUCGCAAGGCGGGUCGAGCGGUGGAGAGCUUCAGCUGGAACAUCACCAUUCUAAAGGGCCAAGCUGAUCUUCUCAGUCACGCCAAGGCUGAAGUUCAGGACAACAUGAAGCAGAUCCGCGAUGCCGCGCUCGCCGGGAACCUCACUCGGGACGUUGCGAGAGAAUGCUGGCGACAAAGCCAGCGCCGCCACGAGGGCGGGACCAGCGAUGGCGGCAAGUGAGCCCAUCAGAGGUCUGCUCGUACACGCAGCAGCAGGUGUUGUCGGGUGGCUCGCAGGCCGAGGAACAAAGUGUUUCAUUUUGUUGUCUCGGUCACAUGACUGUACAGUAUUUUAAUAUUGUCUUUUUGCUGCAAAACAUUAUUUAAAUAAAAUCUAAGUGUUUUUA